AGGAAACACAGCUAGCUGCGUGUGCUCCAACGCUGGAGGGGUUUACUUAAAGAAGAAGAAGACAGGGAAGUAAAAGCAUAUCAGUCGAACUAUCUAUCAUAUGAGGGAUUUUCUUGAUAUACCUGUACUGUCAAGUUAAAGCGUUGGUGAUUGAAAUUGAUAAUGUAUGGUGCCCAGGUUGUACUGGGGCCUCUGGAAGCUGUAAAGGCUAAACAGAAAAGCAAAUUUGCGAUCGAAACUGAGCUGCGGAUUGCUUUAGUGGGGAAAACGGGCGUUGGAAAAAGUGCAACUGCAAAUACCUUGUGCGGGGAAGAAUUUUUCGAAUCUGGUGUGCAAGCUGUCAGUUUGACACAAAUAUGUCAACAAAAGAAGGCUAGGAUACUUGGAAGAGAUGUUUUAAUUAUUGACACUCCGGGUAUAUUUGACACAGAAACUGAUCCAACUGGCGUUGAAAAUGAAAUAAAAAGAUGCGUCCAUAUUGGGGCGCCAGGUUUACAUGCUGUUCUUUAUGUAAUGGAAAUAGGUAGAUUUAGAGACGAAGAUACAAACGCAAUAAAGGCUUUUCUGAGAUUUUUCGAAGGUGAAAUGAAGGACCGAGUGAUUGUUGUUUUCACUCAUGGUGAUAAAUUACAGAAAAAAGGGUUAAAGCUUGAAGACCAUCUACAAAAAUCUCCAAUGGGUCUCCAAAUUUUCCUGGAAGACUGUCAAAACCGUGUUAUACUUUUCAACAAUGAAUUCGAUAAAGAAGAGAGCUAUGAGCAAAUUAAUGGUCUUUUAACAAUGAUCGAAGCACUUAAAAGAUCUAACGAAUUAGCAUAUUACUCUGAUGCUCUAUUUAUGAAAGCAGAAGAAAGAAUACAGGUACGAGAAAGGGAAAUCGAAUUUAAAAUCCAACAAGAAUACAUGGAAAAGCAAGCAGAAUUCGAGAAAACGACGAAAAUGCAACUGGAAGAUCAGAUGCGAAAGGAAAGGGAAACAGAACUUAAGGAAAUGAAAAAAGAAUACGAGAAAAAAUUAGAGAAAGUCCGUGAUGAUAUCAGAAAACAGAUUUCUGAUAAGGAUAGUACAUGUACCAUUCUGUAAUGAGUUUGAUGGACUUGAAGACAAUAGAAUAUUUCUCUAGAAGCAGUUGCUUGCAGCACCGGUAUAGCGUGUACAUAAUUAUUUUUUCACAUUCUUGUAUUUUAACAUGAAUUACUAGUACACCGUUAUUAUAGUGAUAAGUAUUUUUAUUGGACUGAUGUCUCUUGUGUGUUCUCUAAUUUACAUUCUGUUACCCCACUGCUCGGCAUAUAAACGUGCAAUACCAAGUUAAAGCCCGCCAUAUGUUCAUGACUGUGUCAGUCCAAAGUAAUAAUGAUUGUCUUUUACUGUAUUUUAAUAUUUGUGUCAAAUGGAUGUUGAUAGCUGAUCUUUGAUAUAAAAAAGAAGAUGUGGUAUGGUUGCCAAUGAGACAACUCUCCACAAGAGACCAAAUGACACAGAAAUUAACAACUAUAGGUCACCAUAAGGCCUUCAACAAUGAGCAAAGCCCAUACCGCAUAGUCAGCAUUGACUUUCACGGUUAAGAAUAGAACAGAAGGGUUAAAAUGCAAGUAUUGUCUAAUAUCUUGAAAACUGUUAUAGACAGAAAAUUUGACAGGGCACAAAUGGUAAAAUGUCAAGAUCUGCUUAAGGUCUAUUUUGAUUAAAUUGUCAGACUACUCCUUAUAUCAGUAAUUUCCCUUAAAUGGUGAAAUAUUUUUUUUGUGUUUUGAUUAUAACCUACAAAUAAUGUAAAUAUCUUAAAACAUCAUUGACUCCUUUAAUACAAAUUUUACCCAAUUUUGUAUUUUGGACAGAAACUAUAGCAGAUAGAAAGAAUUUGUUACCAGCAAAAAAUAUCAGCAAAAUCAGAUCGACAUUAAGCCAAACGACCAAAAUCAUCAGUCGAAUUAAACAGCAAAAAUGAUCCGCUAGACAAUUUAACAAAACAAAACAAAAAUCAGUUGCCACGUUUUUGACAAAAACUAUAGUAGAUAGAGAGAAUCAUCAGUAUGCUGCUUAUAGAAGUUAUUGCCUCAAAUUAUGGUUUGUUUAACAGUUUUCCAGUGUCUUUACUUAUAUAACUUGUUAUCCAUAAUAAAAAGACUGAAACUUUUAACAGCAAAAAAUAACCAUCAACGCAAAAUUUCUCUUAAAUGAUAAUUUUCCCAUAUUUAGUUUUUAUCUUGAAUAGUAUAAUAAAUAGACCAUGACAAAUGUUAUUAGUAAAAAUGACCAAUAAACAAGAUCUACAAAGGUUAAACAUGUCAAAAUCUAUUAAUCCACACCAUAUAAGAUUUUAUACACAUUAUUUUUUUUUCUGAUUGUUAUCUUAAAAACCAAAAUAGAUAAGUGAAAUUAUAAACAGAAAUUGAUGUAUUUUAUUCUAAAUAUUCUGUACGAUCCCAGUUGGGUGAAUCAUACUUCUAGAAGUCCCUCGAUUGUAGUCCGAGAUUACUCUGGCGUCC